AUGUUUGGCGGUGGAUACCCAUAUUCAAUGCCGUACUGCCAACAGCCGAUGAUGUGUCCAUAUGAUGUACCUUGUCCACAGCCGUAUCCUUGUCCUUAUCCUGUGCCACAACCUUAUCUUCAAAAUAUUUACCAACCUGUUGAUAUGCCUAUUCAAAAUACAAUUCAACCUGUAAUUGUACCACAACCAUUCUGCAUGCCAGUUCCUCAACCAGUACCUGUACCAUAUGAACGUCCUUGUAUUGUACCUAUUCCACAGCCUGUCCCCGUUCCUGUAGAUCAACCAUAUCCAGUUCCUGUUCAAGUUCCUGUUAAUGUACCAGUUCCACAACCAUAUCCUGUACCUCAUCCGAUUGUAGUACGAGAGCAAGUUUGUGUUCCUGUGCAAGUACCAGUACCUUUUCCUGUACAAAUGCCAACUCAAUAUCAAUAUAUCCAACAAGAGGAAUAUUAUUAUCCUCCAGAAGAAGAAUAUGACGAACCUAUCUAUAUAAAACAUCAUCGUCGUCGUCAUCAUCGUCGACGAUAUCGAUCAUGUCCACCAGGUCCAUUACCACCAAUCAUUAUUCCAAUUCCAAUGCAAGAACAAAUAUGUGUAGCAGAACCACCCCCACUUCAAAUAACUGAGUACGUUCAAGAUAUUUAUCCACCAGCACAAGUUUAUACAGAUCAAGUGCAAGUCGGAUAUGCUGCCAACAAUUCCAUGAUUCAACAACCUGCUCAAAUUCAAAAUCAACAAACAUUUAAUUGUCAAUCAGGCAUCAUUCUACCCCCCUCACCUUAUAUACAACCACAACAACAACAACAACAACAGCAACUCAUACAACAACUACCAAGUGGUCAAUGCAUUCAACGACCUCUCACCGUAGGUGGUGGUGGUGGUCUUGGUAGUAUUCAAAGUAUAGUAGCAUCACCACAGCCUUGUUUUUCUUCGUCUCAUCCUACUGGCUUAAUGAGUCCUUGUCAAGCUGCUUCGCAGUUAAUGUACUAA